CGAGCCGGGACGCGGGGAGGAGAAACUUAGCUUUUAGUGUGGCAGGGUCAUGAAGAGGAGGCGGUGGCAGGAGAGCGGAGGAGGCGGAGGGGGCACAAAGCAGCGGUAGCCAGCGCCGGGCUGGGUUGUGGACGUGUGGGAGGGCGAGAGUCCCAGCCCUCGGGCAGCGGCCCGGGCUCUGGGCUGAGCGCGGCCGUGGAGCCGCUGCUCUCGGCCCCCUGGCUCCGCCAUGUUCCGCAGGGCACGCCUUAGCGUGAAGCCGAAUGUCAGGCCUGGUGUAGGCACCAGGGGCUCCGCCGCUCCCAAUCCCCAGCGUGGACCAGAGGCUCCCAGGCCUCCCGAGCCUGUCACCGAGUCUGCUCCGAAGCCAGCGGAGCCCACAGAUGUGCCUGCGGUGGAUUCCGGGGGAGCGGAACCCCAGGAACCGGCUCCCGGGAGCAGUGAUGAAAAGACUGGUGAUAAAAAUAGUGCUGCAGAGUCCAGCACAUUGUCCUCUGCCUCUUCACAGAGAAGAAAGCGAGUGUCCAGCACUGCUAGUCUUGUUCAGCCAUCUGGCAGUGCCCCCUCACAGAGUCACCCCUUAUCUACAGUUAAUCACGAUGCGCCACAGCCAAACCCUACUCCAGCUAAAGAGAAACAGCCGUGUUCAGACAGAUACCGAAUCUAUAAAGCCCGCAAACUGAGGGAGAUGUUGAAAGAGGAACUGAGAAAGGAGAAGAAACAAUGGAAAAACAAAUUUUCUACAAAUGAAAGCCAGAGACCACAAGAUCGUUCAAAAAUGACUAUGAGAGACUUCAUAUAUUACCUUCCAGAUAACAAUCCAAUGACUUCUUCAGUGGAACAAGAAAAGAAACCUGAGAAAUCCUUGGCUUCCACCCCAACGCGAGAUAGGCAAGAAACUCAGAGCACUCAAGAUGCUAAUGAUAAUGAAGAAGUGGAAGAGGAGGUGGAUGAUGGGCCACUUCUGGUUCCUCGAGUAAAAGUGGCAGAAGAUGGUUCUAUUAUUUUAGAUGAAGAAAGUUUAACUGUAGAAGUUUUGAGAACAAAAGGUCCCUGCGUUGUUGAGGAGAAUGAUCCCAUAUUUGAGCGUGGCUCCACAACUACUUACUCCAGCUUUAGGAAAAACUACUACUCAAAACCCUGGUCCAAUAAAGAAACCGAUAUGUUUUUUUUAGCCAUCAGCAUGGUAGGAACUGACUUUUCUAUGAUUGGACAACUUUUUCCCCACAGAGCAAGGAUAGAAAUUAAGAAUAAAUUUAAACGUGAAGAAAAAACAAAUGGAUGGAGAAUAGACAAAGCAUUCCAGGAAAAACGCCCUUUUGACUUCGAUUUUUUUGCUCAUUUGCUUCAGAAAGUUCUUGCUGAAGAAGAAAAAAGAAAACAAAAAUCUACUAAAUGUCAGAGUUUAAAGGAAAAGGCCUCCAAACCACGGAAAAACUUAAAAGCAAAAACAGUAACCAGUGAAGAAGUGAAUGACGGCCCAGAUGAGUCUGUAAAUAGUAACAUUUCAGAUCCAGAAAGAUCUCAAAAGGAUGCUCAGGCAGUCAAUGAAGACGAGUCACCGAGUUCAUCAGGACAGCACUUAGAACAAACUAUGUUAGAGCAAGACCAAAAUCAAGAGAAAAAGAGGAGGAGGAACCAAGGUGAAGCUAAUAAACAGGAAGCAACACAUCUUUUAGAGAGGGUUCUUGUUCAUUCGAGCCCUCCUGAAGCAGAAGUACACAUAAAUACAUGUCCUUCUGAGGAAAAUGAAAGUGAAUGCAAUGAAGAACAGAUACCCUCCUUUACACAGAACAUAGAUGACAUUGCAGGUUUAACUUCCAGUGGAGAAUCAGAGAUGAGAAUGGACCUCAUCCCUUCCACAUGUAAUCAACAAGACAUCAACAAGAUAGCAAGGGAGUCUUCAGAGUCGUGUGCUGUGGCUUCACCUGUGUGGGAACCCGGAAGUGCUGCCUCUCAUGACUCGGCUAAUGCUGAGAGCUCCUGCUCAGAAGGAACGGGUGCUCACCUGAACACUGAAUCACAAGAGACUAAACAGACAGAAAAUGUCAAACCAAAAUCAAGAAGUCGACUCCAGAGACCUAAGCCUAAUCUGUCAAGGGCAGUUGGGAAGAAAUUAGCUGUUUCACAAGACAGACAAGAUGAAAGCAACAAGACCUCACCUUCAGAAACUGCAGCUGAGAAGGUGUGGCUCAAGAGAAAUCACAUGGAAAAGGAGAGAGUGAAUGAGUCUGAAAAUUUUGUAGCAAAGAAUACAGACGGAGAGAGCCAAGGAGCCAAAACUGUGUCUGAUUUGAGUGAGAAAUCCUGUGUACAGGAGGAUAGUCAGGCAAAGGUCUUAAGACCUACCCGACUAAUGAGGAGUCGAUUGCAAAGACCAAAGCCAAAUGUGAAAGGUGCAGAAAGAAAAGAAAUUCUCACCUCACAGGAAAAAGUUGGGGCCCAUGUAGAGAAAAGUGAAGAUGAAUCCUGUGUUGUGAUUGCUCCACAAAUGGAAAAUGAGUCACAUAAAAACUUGCAAUGUGAAGAUACGGUAUCACAGCCUGAAAAAAAGGACCCUUUUGAAAAUAUUCAGUCUGAUCAGUCCAAGGUUCCUAAUGAAUGCCCAAGUAUUCAAGAAGGUAAUAAAGGAAAUAAACUGAAACAAGUCCCAGUUCUAAGGACAAGAUUUCAGAAACCAAAACCAAAUACAGGAAGAAGAAGAAGAAGAAGAAUGUCCUCCAAGGAUGGGAUACCAGAGGAGAUGCCUACUUCUGGAGACAUAACAGCAAGUUGGGAAGAAAUUCCAAGACCAGACACUUCCCCAAGGGAGGAGGUACGGAGUAUGUCUCUUGCCCCUCUUACUGCUACUGCUUCUACCCAGGACUCGGAGUCAGAUGGGAAAGACAGUGGCAGAAAUGACAAAGCUUCUAAUGCGAAGAUGUCAGAAAUGACGGAUGUCACUAUGGAAAUGGAGACAGGUUUGGAAACAAUUGGAAGAGAUACUUGCCCAGGGGAGAUGGGAGCAGAAAUGAUUGACAUCCCUAUGGAAACAGAGGCAGGUUCGAAAGCAUCUUUAAAUGAGACUUCUCCUACCGAAAAGGUGCUAGAAGUUACUGAUACCACUGGGGAAAUUUGCACAAAUUUACGAGGAACUGGAAGAAAAGAAAUAUUUUUACAGGAAAAUGGCCCCAAGGAGGUCAGUCCAGUUAGUGACCCAGAGGCAGGUUUGCACGAACCUGGAAAAGAGUUGGCCAUAAAAGAGAGCACACCAGAUGUGACAGAUAGCGCUGAAGAAAGGGAGGCAUGUUCAGAGGAAACUGAAAGGCAAGAAAUAUCUGUACCGAUAAAGGAUGUAGAGGAGGCCCAAGCCAGGGGUGAAAUGGAAACACCCCUGGAAGAGAUUGGAGGAGAAACUUUCCAGAAAGAAAAGGCAGCUGGCGCUCCUGUGGAGCAGUCGGCCAGCGAGGAGGAGCCAUGUGGCAGCGCAUGCAGAGAGGAGGUAGAAGUGGAACUGAGCACUGCGGAAGGAAAGGAGCUUAACCUGAAGGAAACUGGAGAAGGAGACAUGUCCUCGAUGGUCACAGUCUCAGGAGAGAAGACUGCCAUUGAGCAAACGAGCAGAGACUUGAAAGAAACAGAGAGUGCUGUCUCUUGGGAGAAAGGAUCUGGAGAGAUCCACUUGGGGGAGGAAAUGGUGGCAGACUUAGGAAAACCAGAAAAAACAGAUGUUUCUCCAAGAGAAUGUGAACCAGAAGAACAUGUCUCAAGACGGCCUGAGGCAGGUGUAAUUCCGAGCAGUAGUAAUGGCAGCAGUGGCUCUCCACAGGAUAGAAAAAGUAUUAGCAGUAAAAUAUCAGCGAUGCCUACACUUGUAGAAGAAAAAGAAACUACUGACAAGGACAUAUCCAGUCACUUAGGUCAUGUGGAAUCUUCUUCACAGAAUUUGGGACACCAUGAAACAGAUCAAGGAAUGCAGCUUCCAGAUGCUCUAGAGCAGUUUUCAGAUACGAACUUAAGCAAGCCUCUUCCUGAGGAACAGCAGCCACCCCAAGUCAAGCCAGCUCCCUUUCUGAGAAGUCGGCUCCGAAAACCAAAGCCAAAUUUGUCAAGAGCAGCUCUAAAGAGAGCAACCAGAGAAGCAGAGCACUGCGUACCUGGGAAGAAAUCAGAAGCAUACAAAAUGGAGACUGUCGUGUUCCAGCAGGACAGUGACCAAGCUGCUUCUCUCUCUCCUCAACAUAAUGUAUCUUCCCUCAUGGCAUCAAGAGAAAAUGAUGAUAAAUAUGGUCAUGAGGUGGAGGAGGCUAUGAUAUCACCAUCUACACAGCCUGGAACGGAUCCUUCACCGCCAAACUCAAGUGAACCCAAAGAGGAUUCUCCGUCAGCCCAAAACCAGGAAGAUGGCCUCGCUGCUCCUGUUGGGAUUCAGAUGAUGAAUACGGUCACACAAGAAACACGGCAAAAUGUUGUCCAAACUAUUCUCCCAGUGAGGGGUCGACUUCAUAGACCAAGACCAAAUGUGCAGAAAGCCAGACAGAGGCAAAUAGUAGAAAAAGGAGAAGCGCGAGGCAUAGCUAAGAAUGAAGGACCAGAACUGCAAAAAGAUGAGACUGGAACAUGCCUGACUGUGGCAAGCUCCUCUCCCAUUGAGAGUGAAGUUGCAGUAGACGUGUCCUCCAGAGUUUCAGAGUCCAAAGUGAAUGAAAGUCAAGGCUAUGCAGUUCCUGUAGAAAACUUAAGUAUUAACAAAGCCAGUGUUGUACAUGAACAGAUAAGGCAUGAAAGUAGACCGUAUGCUCCUAGUCCAGCACUGCUGAUAAGAAGGCGGUUCCAAAAGGCUAAACCAAAUGUAGGAGGAGCACGCCGUAAGGAUGAGCCACCCGGUGUAGAAAAGGGCCGGACAGAUGAGAGCACAGCACCAACAGCAGAAGAUCACUUGCUGCACAAGGGAGACUGUAACACCCAGCUUUCUCUGUCAGGUCCUGAAGGAGAGAUAGCAGAGGAAAAGACAGAGAUGCCUCUGGUGGUUUCAGUGAGAAAAGAGUGCGUACAUUCUGAAGAGUUGGCUUCUGAUAGAAAUGAUACUCAGCUAAAAGCAGGACCAUCAGAAGGUGCCAGGGAUGCAAUUGCGGAGGAGCAGCUUACAUCAUCUUCAGGGCUUGAAGAGCAGAGUCUUAGUAAACAAAUUAGCUGUCCACAACUAUUGAAAGAAUCAAGCUAUCCCAAGACUGUUCCACAUCGAAGAACAACUCUCUCUUCUGCCUCUGAGUAUGAGAUAGAGCACAGUGGGAAAAGAACACAUAGGAAGACAAAACCAAAUGUGACCAAAGGGCGUGGAUCAAAGCGAAUUCGAGGUAAGACCGCUAAGAAGCAGCCUAGAGCUUCCAAGUCCAUGUUGGUGACGCUUCGGGCUUCUCAGACAGAAGACGAAGAGGAUGCUGAGGAUUCUGAUCCUGACUAUGAGGAAGAAACCUAUCAUCUUGCCCCAGAAGAACUAAACAAAGCACCAGUGUUUGUACCUGUUGGUCUCAGAUCCCCUGAACCAGUUUCUGCUCAGAUCGAGGAAACAAUGGAAGAGCUUGAGAUAACCAUGGACGUUGCAGACAUAACUGUCGUUGAACACCAGCUUUUGCACAUGGACACAACAACUCAGGAUGUGCAACCAGAAAAAGCUGUGUAUCCGUCAUCAUUUGAAAUGGUCGUAGGUGAACAGACCCAAGAAGAACCAGGUCCCAGUGACGGAAGCACUGAAGCUGCCAUAACUUUACUUACAAUGGGAGAUAUAGUAUUGCAGUCAGAGAUCAUUCCUGGGCAGGGUGAUGUAGGAGUAUGUGUAUUUCCUGAUGUUCAUUCAAAGGAUAAAAGUCAUGUUCCUUUUAGCCCAGAUAAUGUAAAUCAAAAACUUGUUCAUGACUAUCAGGAGGUUUGUUCACCUGUCAUUAGUCCGUCACAUGCUUCAUUUGAAGAAAACAAGAUUGUGUCGAAGGAACAAAGCAAUAGAGAUGCUGCUGUGAUGGAAGAAGCAAUGGGGGAGACUCUGCCAACCAGGAAUACAGCUUCUACAAUGAGCACAUGUUUGAGAAUGGAGAGUGUGGUCAUUACAUCUAAACUAAAUUCUGAGAAGAUUUUAGAGAUCAGUGAGCUUGAUGGUCAUCAGGAAGUUGCCAGUUUUUGCAGAACUAAAGGGUCAGAAGUAGAAAUUCAAAGAGAAACUGAGGGAAAUGAUUCCAAAGCACUAGAAUUAGAAGAUGAAAGCCUUGAGCCAGUUACAACAGCAGAGCCUAAGGAACAGAAGCAGUUGCAGUCUGUGCAUGAUGUGGAAGGGACCAGUGUUUCUCAAGAAGCAAUCCAACCGACGAGAAUUGAAGAUGACGAGGAGAACUUGCAAGAGGUUCAAAUGUCGGACACUGCAGUUGCUUCAUCCGAGAUGGGGCAGCGGACACUUGAUUCAGGUCAGGGUUUUGGUGAGAGUACUACUGAAGAAGCCCUCGAAGAAAAACCUAAAGACAGCGGUGUGCCCAUGCUUCAUGUGCCAGAGAGUAUACCAUUUAAUAUCCCAGAAGCCCAACAAGAAAAUGCCAGUCCUCAAGAAGUUACAGUGAAUCUAUUUACUAAUGAACAACAAGAUGGAGAAGAUGAGCAAGCAGUCAUUUUAACUUUGGUGGAAAUCCCAACUAAUACAACAGAAGGAAUUACUGACCCCUCCAUGCAGUUAAUGCCGAGCUCUCUGCUGCCAGCACCCAUAUUGGUCAGAUCUGGAAAUACAGCAGAAAGAGGUGACCUGAGUGGGAGUUUACAAGCCUCUUCAGUUGUUCAAGAUGCUACAUGCUUAUCUCCUAGAAGUGGCGAUUCUGAAAAGUCUCAGGCUAAUUUGCAUCUUACAUCCAAAUCUAGGAAGAGAUUUUAUUGCAGUCCUGAAGAAAGUAUUCAUGUUUCUCCUGCCAAAAAGUCCUCACUUGCUCCAGGAAUUGAUUAUCAAGUGUGUGCCUCUGAGGUUAUUUCAGAGGAAUUAAAUGUUUUUGAGAAAACAGUGGAGUCUUGCAUGGGACAAGGCAUUUUCCCUACCUCAGAGAGCACACAUGUAACCUCAAAACCUCAAAAGGAACACAGUGAACCAACUUUUCAGAGUGCAGCAUCAUCUGGGUCUGUUGAUGAGAUAAAAGAUUCAUGUGUAGAGAACGUGACUCAGUUGCCUCAGAGUGAGAUAGUGUCUGACAAAGAAGAGAAAACUGAACCUGCUUCCAGUUCUGAACAGAAGAACAGCGUGGCAUCAUCUUCCAAACCCCCUCUGACCAGACCUGGCAGAAGGCCUUUGGGAUUUUUAUCAUUACUAUGUCCAAAAAAUAGUUUGGAAUCUGAUGAAGUGACUCAAACCCAUAGUAAGAAGCGCCCAAAGCCUCAAAUACCUGUAUCACGACGAAAUUUGAGAAAACCUAAUCUACUUAACGCAAGCCAGAAAAAAAGUCAAGACUCUUCAGAUCCAAUCCCACCACCAAGUGUUACUGACACUGUGUCUGAUAAUACUGGAAGUUCUGAAAGUUCAGCAACUCAGGUUUCUUCUGACCAGCCAUUGCUAAAGGAAAAGUGUAAAACUGUGCCAAAAGGAGCAUCUGAAGAAGAGGUGACCCCGGUCUCAGAGUUCGUCUUCAGCGACAUCUUCAUUGAAGUGGAUGAAACAGAAUAAAGCACUCUUCUGGGUUUUCCCUUCUUUUUACUUUUUACCUUACUAGAAUAGUUUUGUAAUGAGUUUGAAAUUUCCAGCGACCCUGACUUUAACAAAGCAGUGUUUAGAAAAGCACCACUGCCUGUUUUUAUUUAGGUCAAUUUUGAAUAUUUAUUGAGCUUCAUUUGAAGCUUUUAUAAUCAGUGGGAAACAUUUCAUUCUGAUUGACCCUGCAGUUCGGAAAUACCAAGCAAUGAAGACUGAUCUCACUGACAGACAUUGCAACUUGUUUACAUUCGAUGCACUCUGUGCUGAGCACACCUGGACUUGAGAACUAUGUGCAUACACAUCCGUAUAAAUCAUAGUGCUGACAUACUGGGAGCUUGAUCGUGCUUAACAUUAGUGAUUUUCUUUUAUAAAGGUGGCUGUGUUUUGUUUUGUGUUUUGUUUUGUUUGUUUGCUUUCUCUUUUUUUCUUGAGGGUGAUCAGUUGCCUGUAAGUAUAUGAAAGCAAAUUGUGAAACUCCACUUUGGUAUGGUAAAGUUAAAACUUUUCUAUUAUCAUUUAUUCGACUGGAAAAAAAUGUAUUUUUCUAAUUCAUGGUGAUAUAACAUUAGUCCUGAUUGAAGAUCUAGUAUUUAAACUUGCUAUUUAUAAAGAUGGCACAUCAAAGAUAUUAUUUAUUUUUAAAUUUUUUAUUUAAAAUAUAUCCCAAUAUGAUUAUUUUCACUUAUCAAAUUUGGGUAAAGAAAGCAUUAACAAAUAAUUUGUCUCCUUUUCCUCUUUACUUUAAAAGCUAUUUUAAAAUGUCAUAAUUAAAAAUGUUUAGGUAGUGUCGAUAUUUUGAAUACUUUUCUCAUACUUUAGUAUAUUGAAUUUGUACUGUGAAUAUUUUUUGCUUUUCUUAUUCUAAUCUCAGGAUUUUCAUUGGAAGAAAAGAAUUUAACAUAAAGGACAGAUUGUCCUAUAUAACUGAAUCUUUUUUACAGACACACACACACACACACACCUUUAAAAAAAAGGUUUUGUGAUAGCUAUUUUACUUACUAAAUUCUGUUCACAGGACAUGUGGGCCUUCAGCCACAGAACAUGAUUCUGAUGUUAAAGCAGAAAAUAAGACAGAAAGACUUAGCAAAGCCAGUGAUGUCCUCAUUAUGAACUUGGGUGUUUUUAAUUUUGAGUUUUAUGAUUUAUGUGUCUGUUUCCCCUAAGAAUUUUUCCCCUGGCUCAGAUUAAACUCUUCAAAGAGCAAAUGUAUUCAAUUUUACUAUAAAACCUCAUAGAUUGAUAUAAUUGAUAUAUUAGCUGCAUAGUUAGAAGUUUUUCCAUAAAACAUUCUUUUUGAACUGUAGCCCUGGUAGCAGCUGCUCGGUGGAUGCUGAGUAGAGGAGUGAAGGUGACAGGACUUCGGCUUAGACCUCGCACAUUAGGCUGUAGUUUUCUUUUUCCCAUGGGGCUUCAGGUGUUCAAAACUGGCCUUGCACUCUAUAUAGGUGAGGGUGUUCUUCUACUUGUAAUCCUCCACUCUGGGAGUACAGGAGUGUACUAUCAUACCCACUUUUAUGCUGUACUUGAUAUAGAAGCCACGGCUUCCCCGAGUACUAGACAAACACCCUACCACAAGUUUUCCCAGACCUAGACUACAGUGAAUAAGAAUCCGAAGGUGCUGGCAUCUGCUGUUUGCAGAAUGUGCCUAAGAUUCAAAAACUGUGUUUGCUGUAUUAUGAAAUGAGCAGUACUUCAGUUGGAAAAUAUUUUUACAUCUAGGUAAUUUUCGUUUUUCAUAUUGAUAAAAUGGCGACCAUUUUUCAAGUUUCUAAGCAAAAGAGGAUAGAUCUCAAUGAGUCUAGAGUGCUGAUCCAUUGACCUUACUGUGAGCAUGUUUCUUGUUCUGUGGCUUAGAGUAAAAUAUAUAGUUUAAUGUCUGUUAUAAAGGAAGAUCUAUAAGUUAGAUGGAAAUCCUCAAAAGUAUGCAUCUGUUUCAUGUGUUUAAUGUCACAAAAUCAUGGAGGUAAUUCACAUUGCUAUUUCAAUGCCUUUUUGUUUUAAAAAUGUCAUGUUCUGUAAAGUUUUUUUUUUUUUUAAAGUGUUACUUGGGUUAGAUCACUGAGACUAAACUAUUAUUUAUCCCUGUAUAAUAUUUAUUUUUUUAACCUCUGUCUCAUUCAUCUGUAAUAAACUGAUUUUAUGGAAGAUGUAAUUUAUUGUAUAAAGAUUACAGGGGCAUUUGUUGUAUAGAGAAUCAAGUCAGUCAAUAAACUGUCCUGCUGCCACAGGACAGACCGGUGUUGGAAAGAGAAACACAAUCAGUGUGCUUAGCUUUAAGGCAGGAAGAUUUGUGAUGGUGGAAAGAUGUUGCAAGGAAUUUGUUGUAGAAAUCUUCAAGGAGACGUAUGAAAGGGCUUUAACCUUCUCUUGAUUGUUUUCCUCUGAUCACUUACAUCUUAGCAGGUGGCCCAGGCAAGACACAGAUGCAAAUAUUAAUACCCAGUGUUUACCACCAUAUCAUUCAAAUGCAAGUGACCAUGUAUAAUAUCUUGGUUGAAGUUUUUGACAAAGAAGCAAUAUCUUGUCAUUUGUAAAUUUUCUUGUUCUAAAGAAAGCAGUUAUGUUCUGUAGAUAAAAAUUAUGUAAAUAAAAGUUAUUUUAUACCA